GUUUGGAGAUGGCAGCCGCCAUUUGUAAACAAAUAUAAACACCACUUGACUACGUUCAGUUUUUAUCUAUAGUAAAUUUUGAAAAGGUAACAACUGAUUCCAAUAUGGCAGAUGAUAUAGAUGACUUAUUGGCCGAAGUUGAAAGUGAAUAUUUAUCUGGAGGAAAAACUACCUGUUCGAAAGGAAAACCGUCCAUAAAGAAAUCAAAAGGCGAUCAUUCAUCGAGAACUGAUGAAUUAAAUGACUUACUAGAUGAUUUAAAGAUAGAGCCUAUACCUGAAAUAAAGCACAAAGUAAUUAUUUCCGAACCAUUAAACAAAUCUGGAAAUUAUUCCAAAUGCAUGCCAACUUGUAUUGGAGGUAGUAAUGAUACAAUUGGUCUUUCAACUGCACUCGAGAAAAAAUGUUGCUCAAGAUUGCGUUGCACGCAUUGUGAUUUCAACUUAAUCAUGGUAGACGAUAGAGCAUGGCAUAAGAGUACAGAUUAUCUAUUUCUAAGAAAUAAUAUGCCCGACAUUGACAAAAUGAAGACUAAGCUAGUUGUAAGAAAAGGGGGCCGAGCCUACGCCUGCCAGUGUCAAUUUAGAUCCGUAACCGAUUUAGCAGAUAUCCGCCAAGAUACAUCGUUAAAAUGGGUUUGUGGGAAACAUUAA